ACAGUCAGCGUCGGCGCGGCUCUGCGCAACCACGGCAGCCACCAUGUCGUCCACAGCGGCCAUCGCCCCGGAACCUGGCACGCCGAAAACGCUGGACGCCAACCGAUAUGCGACGAAGAAGACGAUCGCGCAGGGCAUGCUGGACAUCGCGCUGCUGACCGCCAACGCCAGCCAGCUGAAGUACGUGCUGCAGGCGGGGAACAAGCACGAGUUCUACUCGCUCAUGGUCGGGCUCAUCUCCACCUCCAUCGUCCUCCAGGUGCUUGCUGGCUCACUCACACUCAUUCUGCUGAGACUUAACAUCAAUGAUCCAAGCAGGCACUACACUGCUGCUGUAAUUAACCACAUUUGCUUGGCAUUUGUUAUGGGUUCCUGUGUAACAAAUACAAUAAAGAUGAGCUUUGGACUAGACCCAACCAUACAAAGAAAUAACUCUGUUUAAAGUGAUCAAGAAUUGUCAAAACUGUAUCAAAAUACUGACACCACAAACAUGAAGUGUGACAACGUGUAGAGAAUAGUGGAGUUUUACAAAUGAUAUGUACAAAAGAAUGAUUUUGAUUCAGUGUUUUUACUUUUUAAAUUAUUUAAUAUUAUUAAAUAUAUAUGAAAUUAUAUGUAUGGUGUUAUUUGGUCAUAACAGAAGUGAAAAAUGUGACAUGUUUACCUACUCACCUAAUUUUUCUAAUGUUGCAGUGAAUAGAUGAAACAUUUUAUAAGAUAAUAUCCUCUUCCCUUCUAGUGUUCAUAUAACAUGAUGUAUCAAUUUGUACAAAAUUAUGUCUGGUUGUCAAAGAGAACUAAAUAGAUCCAACGAAGA